AUGAUUAUCGUGUUGCUGUUAUUCUUCAAAUCCAUUUGUCUCUACUGUCAACGUCUGGUUCUGCACAUUCACGACCGAUGGAUAAAUCCGAAAAACGUACGCCUCAUUAAAGAAGCUGCCGAAGCGAAGGGAUCGAAAUUCCUUUUGGAAGAUUAUCGUCAAUCCCGUAAAUCGAAACGCCGUCGACAUACCGGGGGAUCCCAUACCGCGUCUGGUUAUACACCCUCCACAGCUGCCUCCACCGUUCUCAGUUCCUUAGGCACCCGGGCAGAAAAUUGUCGUUUUUGUGCCAACACUCCGCAGGGCUAUUGUCGUCAUCAUUUCCAUUUGCAGGAACUGCAGGUCCACAAACAACAACAAUCAAUUUGGUGUCCUCUAAGUGGUGGGCUGCUCAAUCGUAGCGUGGAAUACAAGCAAUUGAGGAAAAUCAAGCGUGAACUUAAAAGGACCCUACAUCAGCAACAGAGAUCGGCAGCCGCAUCCGCAGCAGAUCAGGCACCGGGCCCAUUAUAUCAUUCAAUACCACAAGUGGAUGCGGAGGAAUCCAUAUAUGCGGACAUAGGUGACUUGAACUAUUCACCAUCUUUACAGGAUUCGGGGUAUCAAAGUAUAACGCUAACAAAUCAAAACUCAACACCCUCCACUCCGCCGUCAGCACAAGAAGAAUAUCAGGAAGUAAAUCAAGCGGAAUUGCAAGAAAUUCCGUUACAAUCGUCCCAGGAAUUUUUGGAUUUACCCACACCCAGCGAGUCCUUGGUGGAGACCACCUACAGCUUUGGAACCUGCCCGGAAACGCCACGAACCCCAUCACCCUCGCUGCCUAGGGUAACAUCACAACAGAGUUUUGUAUCCUGCAGUGGUUCAUCAAUAUCGACAUCAUAUUUGUGA